GAUUUACGUAUGCGUCGUGUGCGUGCCUAUAGCUCCACUCCCGCGCUCGUUAAGGCGAGCAAAGGUGAUCAAUUGACCACUGCACGGGUUCACGAGGAUAAGAAAGCGUGUAAAGCCGCUGCAGCCAUCUGCUGAACGCUGCAGCGUACUGCAAACUAGUCAGAGGCCGCCGCAGCGAUGCCGAAACCUCUCGCGUGGCUCGCGACGGCAUCCGCACGAAUCGGAUACGCACGAAUCACAAUGCUGCUGCGCCUCGCGACGGCGUCAGCGCUGCUCGCCCCGCAGCCCGCGACGCCACCGACCACACGCCUGCGAGCAGCAGCACCGUUGGUGGAGCUCUACGGUGAGCGCGUCAGCGCCGGCGACGAGACGCUCAUCGACACGCUGAGCCUCAAAGUAGACAAAGGCGACCGCGUGGCCCUCGUCGGCCCGAACGGCUCGGGCAAGAGCACGCUGGCCAGGCUCCUCGGCCAGCGCGUCUUUAGCGGCGGCUUCGGUCAAGCGCCCGAGACGACGGCGAUGCAGCGGCCGAAGCUAGGACGGGAGGCGCUCGGGAAGGGGAUUGCGGAGCUCCGCGUCGAGCAGCGCCGCGGCGACGUCGUCUCGCCCUUCCCGCCUCCGAAUAGACUAGGAGCGCACCACGUGUCCUUCGAGGCCCAUCGGACGCUGCUGGCCGAGGAGGCCGCGGAGUUCGCCGAGAGCCGCUUCUCCGUCGUUCAUAAAAGAGCGACGGUCGCGUCCUACCUCUUCCCGGAGUUUUAUCCUUCGGCGUUGAGCUACGCCGGCUACGAACCUCGGAGAACGCGCCUCGCGCCGCUGCCCGUGGCCCGUGACGCGGGGAGUGAUGACGAAGCCCUCGAGGCUUUGGACGCCGCGGCGCUGCGGAACGCGGCCCUGAAACGGUUCCGGUUGACGGACAAGCGCCACACGCCGCUGCACGCGCUGUCGACGGGCGAGGCGCGCGCUUUGUUAGCUUGCGAGUACUUUGCGCGCGAGCCGCGGCCCUCGCUGCUAGUGCUGGACGAGGCCUUUGAUGGUUUGGACGAGGCGGCUCGAAAUACAUUACAGGCCGCGAUCAGCGAAGAAGCGGCGAACGACCCUUCUUUAACGAUCGUGCAGGUCGCUCAUAGAAGAGAGGACCUCGUGGAUCCGACGAAGGCGGUCGUUCUGGAUGGGAAGGGUGGCGCCGUCGUUGGCGACUGGGAAAAUGUAGGUUCGAAGGCGCUGGAGCAGCUCGAGGUCGCCCCUACUAUCAAAAAGGGAGAAGCACCUAAAAAGCCGGACGCCUUUUCGGUGGGAAGGGGCGGCGCGAAGACCUGGGGCCGCCGCGGCGUGCUGCGAGACAUCCAGAGUGACGAGGUCGUCCGCUUCGACGAUGUAGGCGUUUCAUACGACGGCGUCGAGGUCUUCCGGAACCUGUCGUUCGUCAUCAAUGCCGGAGAAGCCGUGGCGCUCCUCGGCCCGAACGGCUGCGGCAAGUCCACGGUCGUCGACAUGAUCACGGGCGACUCUCCUCUCGCGUUCGGCCAGGCCGUGACGCUGUUCGGCCGGCGCAAGGGGUCCGGGGAGAGCGUUUGGGAUAUCAAAAGAAGGAUAGGUCAGGUCACUCCACGGUCACACAUGCAAUACCUCACGUUCUGCGACCCGCAUAACUCUGCGGACGCCGUCGGGCGCAGCGGCAAGACGGUGUCGUCGCGCGACGUGGUAAUGUCGGGCUUCUACGAUACGAUAGGAUUGUACGAUAGACCGGCGGCGGAACAUGGUGAUAUCGCGGACGCGUGGGUCGCGACGUUAGGCAUCGGCGACCUCGUGUCGGCGACGCCGGGCUCCUUCACGCGCCUGUCGCUGGGCCAGCAAAAGCUCGUGCUUCUCUGCCGCGCGCUGGUCAAGCGGCCGCGGCUGUUGGUGCUGGACGAGCCGACGCACGCGUUGUCACGGUCGUCACGCGACCGGUUCCUCGCGGCCCUCCAGGCGGCGCGCGACGCCGCCGACGUGGCCGUGCUCUACGUCUCGCACCGCGCGGACGAAAUUGAAGCCCUGAACUGCGACGACGUCGUAAGGCUAGGGGUGCCGCAACAGCAACAGGCCUUCGACGGCAUGUCCUGCGUCGCGUUCAAGCUCGACGCCCUCGCGACGACGACGCCGCGAACGAACAAAGGAUGGGUGCCGCCGGAGAGUUGGGGGGGAGACUAA